UAUAUCGUCAAUAAUAUCUGCAUCUCCCCAUGUCUAUCCCCUCUCGGUUUCUCAAUUUAAUUUUACCCAUUUGGCAAUCCCACCAUAUUGCCUGAGAUGAGCCCAGCUAUUCCGCCCUUCGACUCACUCCCAAUCGAUAAAUCGGGUCCACCUUACAAUGCCUGGGGUUUGUACGGCUCGGAGGACGAACUCGGUCGUCUACACCUCAUCACCCAGGAAGCAGUCAAGAGAGGUCGCGAUACAAUCACAGAGGGAAUCUCUAUCAAUCUCAAUUUGCCUAUGAACUUCUUCCCAGCUCAUCCCUCCAGAAAGCGUCUAGAACGCCAAAUCGUUUGCAGCGGUCACUCAAACGACGACGAACUUUCGUUCAAUACCCAAUCGUCCACACAGUGGGAUGGGCUCAAGCACUAUCCAUAUCAACAUUUCCCUGAGGAAGGCCAAUAUAGGUUCUAUAAUGGUAUGACUCUGGAGGAAGCUAGCGAUUCGUCGAUCACCAAACUUGGUAUCCACAACUUUGCCCAAAAACCGAUAACCUCCUGCGCUCACCUGCUUGACAUUCCCCUCUACCUCUCGCGUCACUCCUUGCCUCCUUUAUCACCCUUUUCAGCAUCUUCGACCAUUUCCCUCGACAUCCUCAUUGCUUGUGCCGAAGAGUCAAAAGUCAACAUCCAGCCGGGAGAUAUCCUCAUUGUAAGAACCGGUUUUACGGACGAGUUAUUGAAGUUGAGCGAGGAGACGAGGGAUCAGUUGAGGAAGAGAGAAGUUAAUGGGAGUUGCGGCGUUGCGCAUGGGAAGGAGAUCUUGAAAUGGCAUUGGGAGAAAGGGAUAGCUGCGGUUGUUGCUGAUUGCCCAUCAUACGAAGCCUGGCCCUCACAGCAGCUUACCGCACAUCAAGUUUUUAUUUCUGGUUGGGGCCUUCCUAUUGGCGAACUCUUUGACCUCGCAGAGCUGGCGAAGAAAUGUGAGGAGAUCAGGAGGUGGACGUUCUUCUUUACGAGUAUGCCGUUGAAUGUUAUUGGAGGUAUUGCAAGUCCACCAAACGCACAGGCUAUUCUUUAGGAGGACCUUUGCAGGAGAGGAAGGAACAAGGAUGGGAGGAAGGCAAGGAUGAAGACAAAGGGUGACAUAAUGAAGGAGGUCCCGUGUACUGGGAAAUAUGAGUCGUCUCGUAGAGCAGCUAAUAUACAAAAGACGGAGCCAUUGAAGUAGAUAGAAUGCGAUGCAACCAUUUGGCCCG